AUGCGAACGAUAAGCUCCUUUGAAGAUUAUAUUAACCCUAUCGAGGAAGCCAUAAGUGAGUUGUUUCUCCCAGCCUUGUUCGGCCAAGAAGAGCCUCUGCCAGAAGAAUUGCACGAAGUUAUCACACUGUCCCCUGCACAAGGAGGUUUAGGGAUACCUGCAUUAAGUGAAGAAGCGCCACAACAGUACGCAGCAUCGACGUCAAUAACACGUCCACAUGUGGAGGCAAUAUUAUCGCAAUGCACUUCCAUGCCAGAGAUCACUAACGAGAUAAAAAACGAACAGCAGUCAAUCAAGAGGGCAAAUGCCAAUGCAAAAAGAGAACGUAUCGACGAGUCUCUCCCAGCCGAUCUCCUACUUUUUGUUAAACAAGCGCGGGAUAAAGGAGCAAGCUCAUGGUUAAAUGCUAUACCGGUUGAAGAACAAGGUUUGACCCUCAACAAAGAAGAAUUUAAGGAUUCGAUAAGAAUGCGGUAUGGCAUGCCAUUGCCUGACUUGCCAAGUCAUUGCGUUUGUGGGUCUGCAUUUUCCGUCAACCACGCAUUAUCGUGUAAAAGAGGAGGUUUUGUGGUCCGAAGGCAUGACGGUGUUCGUGAUUUACUGACCACGCUGCUCAGCAGAGUAUGCAACAACGUGGAAGCCGAACCGAAAAUCAUGCCAUUGGACAAUGAACAAUUCCGUUUACAGUCCACCAACAGAAGCCCGGAUGCGCGAUUGGAUAUCAAAGCUGGCGAGUUUUGGGCAAGAGGAGUUACAUCAUUUUUUGACGUCCGUGUAUCGCAUGUAAACUCCCAAUGUCAUCAAAACAAAGCCACAUCUGAUAUCUUUAAGGAACAAGAAGCCGAGAAGAAAAGAAAGUACCAACAGAGAAUCUUAGACGUGGAAAUGGGAACUUUUACGCCUUUAGUCUUUGGAACGAAUGGAGGAGUUGGAGACGAAUGCCAGAAAUUCUUAAAGCAUCUUGCCGAGAAAUUGUCGAGGAAAAACGGAGAAGAUUACGCAACAGUUAUUACCUGGAUCAGAACAAGAUUGUCUUUCGAAAUAUUGAAAUCCGUGCAUUUGUGCACGAGAGGAUCCAGAUCGCCAUUUCGUGCGAAAGAUGAACAUAUAGACGAGUUCAAAUUAAACUCUGUUACAGCAGAGGUUUUUUAA